GGACAAACAUAAAUAAAAUAGUUUAUGUGAGGAAACAGAGAGGAAGAGCCAAAGAAAAGGAAGGGAGAGAGAUUGACUUGACUUUGUGGACAAGGCUACCAAAACACUAAACUCACCGGCGAAGAAACCUCUCCUCCGAUCAUGGCGGAGUCUCCUCCAAAAAUGGAGGAUGCAGGACAGCGUCAAGAUGAAAAGGAUGAGAAGUUGUAUAAAGAGAUAGUGGAAGUUCUGGGAAAAGAUGGCCCUCAGAGAGUUUUGCUAGCCGGUGAAGCUGGGAUCGGGAAGACUAGGCUGGCCAAGAUGGUAGGGAAGCAUGCCACUGUUACUGGCAGUUGUUUCCUGACCAUCUUCUUGCAUCUUGACAGAAAGUUCGAUGAUGAAUUGUCGCUUUACGAGAACAUAGCUUCCCAGUUGUGUCUCUACUCUGAUUUUGAAGAGACUGAAGUGGAUGACAGAGAUGAAGAUGAGGAGGAAGAGAAGAAGCCGGAAACUUUGUUGGCUGAUUUGAAGAAGAUGAUAACUGAGGAAAUACAAAGUAAGGCAAAAGAGGUAGCUGAGAAAAAAGCAAAACAGGUGGUGGAGAAAAAAGCAAAAGAGUUGGCUGAGAAAACAAAGGAUAAGACUGCUAAAAAUGUGAAGAAGCCACCAGCUGACGGUAAGGAGAAGACACCUGAUGAUGAAGGAGAGAAGAAACCUACCCCACCUCCGUAUCUUCUAUUGAUUCUUGAUGAUGAAGGAAACAAGACCAGUGAAGACAAGGUGAUGGAGGAACUGAAACUUGACCUGUUUCUUAGACAACAAAAGUUUCUUAAGGAUGAUAAGAAUCGUCUCAAGAUUCUUAUUACAAAAAGAAAAGAAGAGGAGGAGGAGGAGGGUGUGAAAGAGGAUACAAAGAGUGAGCAGGAGGACAGCGAACAUAAGUCUGAUGAUGAAAUCAAAUCACAGGACAGCGAACAUAAGUCUGAUGAUGAAAUCAAAUCACAGGACAGCGAUAAUGCGAGCAAAGCUGAGCCCCAAGACCCCAACAACGCACCGGUUUUAGAGCCUGAUGUGAAAGGUGUGCCUUCUACUGGAGAUGAGUUCCAGACCACGGAUAAGUCAGAGUCUCUACUUAAGUCAAUCAAUGAGCCUAACCUGAAGGAUCUAUUUGCGUCUCUUAUGAAGGAUUGGAAAACUUACGAGAAUUUUAUAGAUGACAUAGUGGCAAAGAGCAAGAACUCGCCAGCUGCAGUCUUCGUGCUAGCCAAGUCCCUAAAGCGGAUCACUCCUACUACUACUAAUAAAGAAGAAGAAAAGAAACUAAAACUAAAGAUAGAGAAAAAGAUAGACGAGGUUCUCUCAGCUGCUCGUCCAGGUUCUUGUGAGAAUCCACUCUUGCGUCUUGCAUAUGAGCUGUUGGAAAUCGGUUAUCCGAUGAAGGAAGCCAUCUUGGAUUGCUUUUGGCAUAGCUUGGACUUCUUCGAGCACUGCGGCAGUGUUUACUACCGUGACCUCAUCACACAGUGGAUACUCGAAGGCUACUUCGAUCCCGUUAGGUCCGUCGAAAAAGCCUACCAAGACGGUCAUUCAAUCUUGAUGGAGCUUAUAAACCGAGGAAUGCUGAAGAUACAGGAGAACAACGUUGUGGUACCAGAGAGGGCCAUGAGCACUUUAAUCGAUCCUCGACGCCGUGGGCUUAUUGGAAGAUCAAGACUUAGAUUCUCUAGAGUCUAUUGCGGUGACAAGAGAAAAGGUAUAGGGAAAAUCACUCAGAUAGAUGAUAUGAUUAAAACUGUGCAAGCAAAGAAAGGUGACAAGGUCUCCACGGUGCUGGUUAGUGGAGACCGUCUGCGCCGUGAAACUCCCGUUAAGUAUUUCAAGAAGCUGAGUGAUCUUGAAGUACUUGGUCUGUUCGAACCCACACUGGAACCUUUUGUCACUGCUUUCGCUAAUCUUCAAGGACUAAGGGUUCUUGUAGUCAGGGACUGUGAUCUACUGACGGAUAUUGAGGAGCUCAAGGCUCUUCGUGAACUACAUGCUCUUGAAGUCUCUGGCGCCAGCUCCUUGAAGAAAAUAUCCGAUGGAUUCUUCAAGGCAUUGUCUAAACUUCAAAGUCUUCACCUCUCUGGACUUCAGAUCACAACUUCCCCUUCCAGCAUUUCUGAACUGACAGAACUUCACUGCCUCAUCAUCAAAGACUGUCCUUUACUGGAAGAUUUGCCAGACAUACAAGAACUCGUAAAGCUCGAGGUUGUUGAUAUAUCCGGUGCUCAUGGGCUGCAGACGUGUUUCGACAACACGAAAGGAGAGAAGAAGAACAAAAGCAAGAACAAAAACUUCUAUCACCUCACAAGACUUCAGCUCCUUGACUUCUCCGGGAGCCAAAUAGAGCGACUACCGAUAUUCCAGGACUCUGCCGUAGGGGACAAGCUUCACUCCGUUAAGCGGCUCUUGUUGCGUGAUUGUAGCAAAUUGAGAAGGUUGCCUAGUUUGAAGCCCUUGUCAGGUCUGCAGAUUCUUGAUCUUUCUGGCACUACCAGCUUAGUGGAGAUGCUUGAAGUGUGCUUUGAAGAUAAGAAGGAACUCUUAUCUCUUAAUCUCUCUGGCACUAAUCUUAGCGAGUUGGCCGCCACCAUCGAGGAGCUGACCAAUCUUAACAAACUCCUCAUGAAGGAUUGCAAAAACAUAGAAGUUAUCCCGAACAUCCAAAAACUCACAAACCUCGAGGUCAUUGAUGUUUCUGGAUGUGAAAAGCUGCAUACGAUUGAGGGAUCAUUUGAGGACAUGUCUUACCUAUGUGAAGUUAAUCUCUCUGGAACCAAAGUGGAGACACCAGAGUUGCCAAAGAAGACUGAGAUCCAUUGUCUAAAGCGUAUUACUCUGGCAGAUGGAAGUCGUUUUGAAGGUGAGGAAUGGAGCAAAAUAAAGGAAGAAAUUGAAAGUAAGAGAUCUGACGAGGCCAUCUCCUCGGAAGCAGUUGUUGAACCUAAAGAAAUCUCAGAAGAAAUAGGAGAGGAGACUCAGCCAAAGGAAGCUCCAGCCAGUGAUAGUGUUGAGAAGGAAGAUGUCACCAAGGAACGUCUUUGCCAUGUGCCCAUUGAGAAGGAUAUAUACAAGACCAUACUAUCAGGUUUUGAUUCUGCAAGUAAGCAGGAAGUCAUGAAGAUCCAUGAAUCUAAAGGGGAAGCCUCAGCCAAUACUGACUUUGUGUCACUUGUGGACAUUGACUCAACAAGGCUCAAAUCUUUCUUCAGCGAGAACAAAUCAGUGAAGGAUUGCUCGCUGCGGAUGUGCAGGGAUAUAGACAACCUUUUCUAUGAAGUGGAUGGAGAAAGUUUGGGAUCAGUGGAGACAUUGUCGAUUUCAAACUUUCCAUUGUUGGAGACUAUCUGCUGGGGUGAAAACUUCAAGAAUCUGAAGAAGCUAAGCAUAGAUUGCUGCCCGAAAAUCAAAACGCUUUUCCCGGAGGCAUCACAGAUGCCUAACAGCCUAAAAGAGCUGAACAUAAAGUAUUGUGAGAACAUGGAGACAGUUGUUGAAGGAGUCGAGCUCUCAAGUCUCACUAAUUUGAGAUCGCAAGUAAAGAAAUGCCCAAAGUUGGAGGAAACUCCAGAGGACUCGGUCGAAGGUCAUUGAGUCGUCUUACACAAAAUCUAGUCUCUUCUGAGGUUCAUCUGAGCAUUUUACACUGCGUGUAUUUGCAGGACUGGGUUAUGGUAGAUCACCCUUGAAGUAUCAUUACAAGGUUGAAGAUGGAGCAACAAGAUCUACUUACUUUGCACUAAGCAUCUGAAUGGUUGCAUGUAAUGAUUUACCUACCUUUUUUUUUCUGCGUGUGUUUCUCAACUGUUGCGUGUUAAAUAACGACCGGCUUGAAACAUCAUAUUUACCGGCUUGCUUUCUUCUGUUUAUGUUGUAAGAUAUUUUCUGCAGUAAAACCCCAUGCAUGUGUGUUGUGUUCUUGUCUGGGUGAACAAGGACCUUUGCUUUGAUUGUUUUCCUUUCUAAGAGAUUAUAAUGAUAUUCCUGUUUGAAAGACAA